AUGCUGAUUUCGGACUCGUUCAUCAACUCGGCCUCUGCUCGUGAUGCCGAUUUGCGCAGCAAUGCGGACGAUGGGCCGCUCGUCGUCCAGUUCGCUGCGAACAAAGGCGACGAUUUCGCCCAAGUGGCCCAAAUGCUUUACGGACAUUGCGAGGGAAUCGACCUCAACUGCGGAUGUCCUCAGCGCUGGGUCAACGCACUCAACUACGGCGACAUCUUAAUGAAGCAGCCCGAGUUGCUGGCUGAUAUUAUUUUGGUAGCGCGGCGGGCGAUUCCUGAUUCGCAGUUUUCUAUUUCUGUCAAAACGCGCGUCUUCGACGACUUGCAAGCAACAAUCGAAAUGGCCAGGAGAAUUGAGAAGGCGGGCGCGACCAUGUUGUCGAUUCAUGGUAGGACGCAUGGAGAAAGGGAUCACCCUGUAAGAGUAAAUACUAUCUCAACUAUUGUCGAAACCUUGAGCAUUCCCGUUAAUUACAACGGAAGUAUUCGCACUCGCGAAGACGCUCAAAUAGCAUAUGAGGCGACUGGUGUUGGCGGUGUUAUGGUCGCACGCGGUCUUUUACACAACCCAGGACUGUUCGACGAGCGACGCCUUGGAGAUCCGGAAGUGUUAACAGAAUGGACUAGGAUAGCGCUUGAGCUUGGAAUACCGUAUUCCUCCUAUCACAAGCACUUGAUGUAUAUGCUGGACAAAGUAACGACGAGACCUGAAACCAGAGUAUUCAACAGCCUUCAGAGCAUGGUUCAAGCUGUCUCUUGGCUGCGCGAAAGAAAAUACAUUUACUGUUGA